AUGCCCAAUCAGACUCAAAGCAGGGAUAGAGAAGAGGGUACUAAAAAGAUUGGAGAAGCUUGUCAGACUACCCCACAGAAUCAGAUGAUCCCGUUUCCUCAGAAGCUUAUAGCAUCCCAAAAGGAUGAAGAAUUUCACCGAUUUCUGAAAAAGGUUAAAGAGAUUUGCGUUGGGGUACCAUUGUUAGAUGCGCUGCACCAGAUGCUAAAGUUCGCAAAAUUUUUAAAGGGAAUCUUAUCCAAUAGAAGGCAAAAAGGCGACUUCGAGACCAUAGCAUUGACAGAGGGCUGCAGUGCUCUUUUAAUAGUGAAUUCCCCACUGAAACUUCAGGAUCCAGGAAGUUUCUCCAUAUCGUGCAAAAUUAGCUCUAAACUCAUACCGAGAGCCUUCUGCGAUUUGAGAGCUAGUGUCAGCCUACUCCCAUACCCAAUGGGUAUAGUGGAUGACGUGCCAGUAGAAGUGGGGGGUUGUGUCAUCCCCAUGGACUUCAUCAUUAUGGAUAUGAAGGAGGACCCCAAAAUCCCGAUCAUUCUUGGAAGACCAUUCCUCGCUAUGGCAGGAGCCCUCAUCGAUGUGAAGAAUCACAAGCUAUCAUUGGAGAUCGGUAAAGAAAGAAUUGAAUUUGAUUUGUCCAACCCUUCUAACUGCGUCUCCUUUUCCUAG